UAUGGCAUCGAAUAAAAAGGAUCAAAUAAAAGUAGAAGGAAUUCAUGGAAGAUAUGGACGAUUUAGAGAUAAUAGAAAUCAAAAUGAUAAAGAUAAGGUAGAUUUUGAUUAUUAAUUUUAGCAUUAAGUACCAUUUUUAGUAAGAACACAUUGGAAAUAUGGAUAAAUUACUUUAGAAGACUUUAAUAAAAAUUAAACUUAAGAAAUAUUACUUUAUCUAUUGUAAUAAUUAUUAACUUAUAUUUGAUUAGCUUAAGUUCAAAAUUAAGAGAUAUUGUGGAUCAAUUAAAAUAUUAAUUAGAUGGAGUUUAUAGAAGGGAUAUAAUAUUUAGAGUGAGUAAUGUCUAUCUGGAUUAACAUGGAGUGUAAAAGAAAAAGGAUUUAGGAUAAGUACAUUCUGUAAAGUCUGGAAAAGAUGAUGAUUCAGAUCUAAAAGAACAUGGUUUUAAGAUAGGAGAUAUUUUAAUGGUUGAGAUUGAAACAAAGAGUUAAAAUAAGCAGCCCAUUUCAUAAAUAGCUAAAGAAUGAU